AUGGCGAGGAAAAGAAAGACAACAGAGGAACCAGAAGAUGGUACUCAAGAGCAUCAGUGUAGUAAUGAUAAUACUAAGGAGCUAGAUGAGAUAGUAAAAGAAGUAGCAGCAUUAAAUGGAGGAAGACGAGGCCCUGAAGAAGCAGCUAGAGCUUAUGAUGAAGCUGCAUGUUUACUACGUGGUUCCAAUACGCGAACAAACUUUUGGCCUUCUUUUAAUUCUUCUUCUUCUGCUCCUUUAACACCAGCUCUCCCUUCAAAGAUAUCUAACCUUCUUCUUCACAAACUCAAGUCCAGCAGAAACAAUCUCAACUCUUGUAGUUCAAUCUCUAAUCAUCAGCAACAACAACACCCCCACCAACAACAACAACUUAAUGAAACAGAUGAACUAGCACAUGAAACCCCGCUGACCGAAUUCUUCGAUGAACCCGCAAGUUAUACUGCUGCUGCUACUUACAGUGAUUAUAUGAAUAUGUUAAGUUUUGAUGAGUUAAGUUUAAAAGGAGAAUACCAAGAUCCAGUAGUAGGAGAUAUGGGUAUGUUAAAAGAUUUAGAAACAUACAGGAUCAAAAAGGAAAAAAUUUGGGGGCCCUGA